AUGGUAUCCAAUCCAAAAUACCGGGUGAUCAAAAACACGGCUGUACUCGCGUGCCCUGCAGUGACCAGGAGGCGUCGUUUCUCACCAGUUUUGUCGCGGAGGGAUACGCACGCCACGAGGCGCGGCCGUGCUGGUUUGCCGCCAAGGUCACGAGCCGGCGGGCUGGCGAGGUGCUGUGCGGCGCGCCGCGAGCGGCCGAAGCCAGUGCUGCGCGGAACAUCGGCCGAGCUGGAGGCAGGCGCGGACGCAGCGGAAGCGGCGGCGGGGGCGGCGAUGCCGCGCUUCUGGAGGCGGCGGCCGGCGCUGGCGCUCGCAGGGCUGCUGCUGGUGGUGGUGUGCGUGCUGCUGGUGUACACGACCGUGUACAGCCCGGAGCUGGAUUGGCUGCGGCGGAGCCGCGACGCCGCGCUGUACGUGCGGCCCGGGGAGCAGACGGCGCUGCUGCUGCCGCGGAGUGAGCUGUGCCACGUGUCGGGCACGUGGCAGCAGGGUCCGGCGCUGCUGAUGGCCGUGCCGUCCGCCAUCGGGCGCCGCCAGAGGCGGGACGCCGUGCGGCAGACGUGGGGCCGGCGGGAGCCCUCGGCUACCAGGCUGCUCUUCGUCGUCGGCCACCGGGGGCACGGCGUGCCGCCAGAGAUCGCUGAGGAGGCGGAGUUGCAUGGCGACAUUCUUGUCGAGGAUUUCUUGGACACCUACCACAACUUGACGCUCAAGACGCUCUUCAUCCUCAAGUGGGCAGUAUCGCACUGUCCGAAGGCUACGUACUUGCUCAAGGUGGACGACGACGUGCUGGUGAACGUGCACGGCGUGCUGCGGCUGCUGUCGGAGGCGGCGUCGCGAGGCUGGGGGCUGGUGGGCAACGUGUUCCACGGCCAGCCGCACCGGUGGCGGCUGCCUCACCCGCAGUGGUACCUGCCGCGCUGGCUGCACCCCGAGGCGACGCUGCCCGACUACCUGACGGGCCCCAGCUACGCCGUGGCCGGCUGGGCGCUCGCUCCGCUGCUGCGCGCCGCCCUCCGGACGCCGCUGCUGCCUCUCGAAGACGUCUUCGUGACGGGCGUGGCCGCGCGCGCCGCCGGAUUGGCACAGUACCACGUGCCCACCAUCGCCGUGGACCGCCCGCUACUGGCCGAGCGCCUCCUGUGCCAUGUGCGCCGCUACCUCACCAUGCACAAGGUCGGCCCCGAGCGCAUGCUCUACUUCUGGCGCCAGAUGACUAGUCCCCAGCAGGGCACCUUCUGGCACCGCUAUGGGCUGGACGCCUGUCAGGCCGAGUACGGCUGGUGACGGUCACCAUCCUGGCACACGGUCGAACCGUGUCCUCUUACCUUUGCCCUGUAUGAGAACUCUUCGAUUCAGACUUUCCACAGCAUGGCUCUGUGGUUGAGCUGAGACUUCAAACACUUCCAGACAUGUGUCCUGUGCCUACGCCAGUUGGUCGAUCCAGACGCCUACAGAUCUUCGGCAUGUAUGAGAACUGGUCGAUCCAGACCUUGCAUGGCCGGUGCCACGGUUGUUGGACUGAGCUGACACAGCAAAACGUAACCACUUCAACCACCAAUACACCACCAGAGGUCUGACCUGUAACUACGACAGCUGGUCGGUCCAGACAUUCCUCCAGUCAAAGACAGUGAAUUGUGGCACAGUUCCUGGACUGCAUUGGUACAUGUAGAGCUAACCAAAUCAACGACCAACAGACCUCUUGUUGCAGCAAUUGAAAAUUGUCCUGUAGUACACCCUGUAUUAUGUGAACUGGUUGAUCCAGACUUACCACAAGUGGGAGUUAGUGAUACGUAGCAUAGUUGCUGGACUGCACUGAUACAGUGAGACUGAACCACUUCAGACACCAAUACCCCACCAGAGGUCUGCCUUCUACCUAACAGAAUUGAUUCAGACUUUCAAUGAAUAAAAGCAGUGAAAUGUAGCACGGCUGAUGGAGUGUAAUGACUCAGCAAGGCAUCAACAGACCACAUGUUGUAGCAGUUGAAACAUCAUCAGAGGCAUGCCCUCUAUUACGAGAACUGGGAAAUCCACACUUUCCGCAAGUGGACUUUAGUGAAAAGUGGCCUGGUUUCUGGACUACAGUGAUACAGCCAGAUCUAAUCCUGUCAACUACCAGUACGCCAUUCGAUGCAGCAAAGAAAAACUUACGGCAGUUUGCACUGUACCAAUGAGAAUUGGCCGAUCGAGAUUUCCCUUGAGUCAAAGCCAGAGAAAUAUGGCAUGAUUGCUUGGCAGUUACAACAAAAUGAGACCUAACUACUGACACACCACUUGAUGUAGGAAACGAAAUUUGGUCAGAGGUGUGCCCUGUGUGUAGGAGACUACGUGAUGGAGGUUUUCAGAUCUCUUAACAUAGGUCAACAGUUUUCAAACAUGGCAUAGUUAUUGGAGUGCACUGACACAGCAAGGCCUAACCAUUUCAUCUGGCAAAAAAACACUUUUUGCAGCAAUGGUAACUUCAGAGCUAUGUGCUUUAUUGUGAGAAUUGGUUGAGACAGACUUUCCACAAGUGGAAGUAAGGAGAUAUGACUUGGUUGUCAGACUGCGUUGACAAAACGAGACUUAACCAUUUUAAACCACCAAUACACCACAUAAUGCAGAAAAAAAAUUGUCCAGAGGUCUGCCCGUUACCUAAGAGAAUUGGUCGAUCCAGACUUUCCAUGAGUCAAAGGCAGUAAAUACGGCAUGGCUUAGAUCCGUCUAGUAACAAAUUUUUCUUACAAUAUCGUUUCACCUUUAUUAUUUGCAAGGUAUCUUCAUUGGCGUGGAGUUAUACGCAUUUAUGUUUAAACUAUUUUGGUUUACAGUUUGAACAUUAUAUAUUGAAGUUAUGAAAAGUUUAAGCAAUUUCUGCUUACCGAUGGUGUAGCGAUAGUAUAAACAGCUACUUAUAAAUUUCGUAGAUGUUGGUCAACAUGUGUUUUUUUUCCUGUUUUACAGCUGUUCUGCUUCUGAUUUUUGCCAUACGAAA